AUGAAAACCGACACCAAACUUCUUGCCGAAUUUUUCCGGGCCACCCCCAUCUCAACUUUGCUCGCAGUACAACGUGAACAGAAAUCGAUCGAAUUUCCUCUCUCUCCCCAAAAAACUGGAUCUCUAGACACCGACCAGUGUUCUGUUGCUGAGAUCAUUUCUCGCCUUUCCAAUACACCUCUCGCGCAGAUAAGGGUGGACUCGAACUUACUCGAAUGCGGAAUGGAUUCACUCAAAAUCAGUGCACUCGCUCGAGAGCUUCGCAAGCUAUGGCCCAACAGUCAUGUUGCAGUGAGCGAUAUUCUUGCCGAUCCUGUGCUCUCAAGUGUCGCCGCGCUGAAACAAACUUCGAGUCGGGAGGACGAGGAGUCUGGUAAUUUACUUCACGAAUUUGAUCGAAUAUGGCGUCCUACAGCCGAGGGCAUAUUUCGACCUGAAGAUAUCGAAGCCGUACUUCCCACUUUUCCGGUUCAGCAAGGUGUCCUUUUCCAGGCCUUGGUGUCUCCUACGCAAUAUGUUCAACAUUUCGUCUAUCGUAUCAAGGAACAUGUUGAGAUAUCUGAAUUGAAUCGAGCAUGGUCUGAAGUGGUUCGACAUCAUCCAAUCCUUCGAACUGUGUUUCUGGUGGAAAAUACUCCAAUGCAGGUACUACUUUACCCAGAAGCUAUACAAGUACCGCUGGUCACACGCCGUCAACCGCUUGAAUUAGAAACUGCGAAUUUUCCCUCCUGGUUCCUUGGGGUCGAAAAAAAUCGUAUCUCAUCAGAGAUUAAUAGCGAUUUGACGACCCCCACCUUCCGGAUUAACAUCUAUGAAACACAAGGUCGUUUCAUGGUCGUCUCACUGAGCCAUACGAUAUAUGAUGGAGUUGCUUUCCCAAGUCUCAUGAAAAGCUUAGACUCUGCCAUUGUGGGAGAUCAUAUGAGCAAGGCAGUCCCGCUCCAACCCCUACUCGAAUCCGUCUACGGCUCACAAGAAUCUGCUCAACAAUUCUGGAUUGGAAAACUCGGUCACUUGGAUCACAAACUCCUGUCGGGUCGCAAACCCGUCAGGCCCCAAGCUCGAUUUAUUCGUCGGGUAUUCUCGUCAGUUUCUUUCGAAGCAAUGCAAUCUGCCUGUCGUAUGCAACAAACAACUCUACAGGCUCUUGGAUGUGCGUCUUAUGCGUUGGCUGGCCGCGACGCCUUUGGAUGGCAGGAUAACGCUAUAUUCGGUAUUAUUCGGUCCGGGCGUUCUUUACCUGUGGAAGGGGUAGAAAAUGCCGUUGUUCCCCUUGUAUCUCUCGUCCCAUUCGUUCUCUCCGAGUCCAGCAUGUCUUCACCAGAUGUGCUCGGCAAAUCACAGGCCGAAUUGACAUCAACUCUAGCUUUUGAGCACACUCCUUUGGGAAAUAUCCAACGCUGGCUCGGCGUUCAGUCAUUUUUUGAAACUCUUUUCUCCUGCCGAAUAGAGGGAGGCCACGAGCCCUAUAGAUCAUUUAAGCACUGCGAAACCAAGGCUCCAUUAACAGAGUUCAUUCUUUCUGUCGAGAUAUUGGCGACCCCAACUAAUACUAUCGAGGUCAGAGCUGGAUUUACCGAGGAGCUCCAAAGCAGGGAGAUUGAGCGCCUCCUCUCCAGCGUUGAAUAUCACUUCCAGUUGCUUUCCAGAGGCGAAUCGAUACCUUCGCCUGAUGUCGAAGCCGCCAAGAUUUCUCGACAAGAACUACUUGCCGUUAAGUCCGAAGAUCCCAUAGAGUCUUCGGGAAAGAACGACAAACUGAUCCAGACCUUGAUUAUUUCUGUGGCUUCAUUCUUAAGCACCGAGCUCGAUUUGGUUACACAUGACACAUCUUUGAUUUCUUUGGGCUUGACUUCGCUCAAGGCUGUCACACUAUCGCGAAAGCUCAAAGACGUUGGUAUAUUCGUCUCUCCCAUCGAUAUAAUCCAGGCCGAUUCAAUUGAUCGACUUGCCACCAAAUGCAAAGUAUUAGAAGACCAGACCUCUCAGCUGGGUAGUGCUGAGCAGACUCAAUGGUUCGACGCUCUUCUUCAAGAGUUAGCUGAGGGUUUGGAUAUGACACAACUGAAGCUCGCGGAGGAUGACAAGCUACAGUUUACUGGUGCCACAGCAUUGCAAUCUGGAAUGCUUUCUCAGACUGUCAGUUCGGAUGAUCGGCUCUAUAUUCAUGGGUUCACAUUCAAACUCAAACCCGAGUGCUCUGUCGAAAAACUGCAAUCAGCAUGGCUCCAAACUAUCAGAGAUGUCAGUAUUCUGCGUACCUCUUUCGUAUUUUGCGAGAGUGCUGGGCGCUGGGGACAAGUUUUGCACUCAGAACUCAAACUUCCAUGGAGCGAAAGAGAGUUCAAGGAGCCGUCCAGCGCACUUUCACAGUUUAUUUCGGACCUCCCUCUCACCGAGGUUCAUGAUUUAAAGACACCUCCUCUAUAUCUCUGCCAUUUCAAUGUCGAUAAUUGCGACUAUCUUCUGGUCGUUCUGCAUCACGCCUUAUACGAUGGCAUCUCUCUUCCCUUACUUUUCCACAUGGUUCGAUCUAUCUACCACGGGGUAGCCACGCCAAACCCGGUUUCAUUUCAUGAGCUAGUUCCUCGGAUUCUCAUCCAAGAACACUUCGGGACCUCAUAUUGGGCUAAGAAGCUAACUGGAGCGAGCGUUUUUACUUUCCCUCGCACCCAAUACGUCAGCGAAUGCAUGGCGAAGCUCAACGGAAUGCAAGAUUGA